AUGAUGGGCAAUUGCCUCAGUUCCACCAGCGAGGAAGCGGAACAGAAGAAGAAGAGCCAGGCCAUCGAUCGCAUAAUUGAAGAGGACUCUAAAAGACUAAAGAAAGAAUGCAAGAUCUUGCUGCUAGGCUCCGGCGAGAGCGGAAAGUCGACCAUCGUAAAGCAAAUGAAGAUUAUUCAUCUCAAGGGUUACUCGGACGAUGAGCUCUUCAACUACAGACCGACCGUUUUCAAAAACUUGGUCGAAUGCGCCAAAGCCAUCAUUACCGCCAUGCAGCAGUUUGGCAUCGAACCCCAAAUAGAAGAAAACCGCAACUACAUGCCUUUUUUGAUGGAGUACCAAGCAGAGUCUGGACCCCAGGCUCAGAUUGAUCCUCAAGUCGGCACGGCUGUCCAGUCGCUCUGGUCGGAUCCCGCCAAAGACCGGCUAAUGGAGCACCAAACAGAGUUCUACCUGAUGGACUCGGCCGAGUACUUUUUCCAAGAAGCCAUGCGCAUCGUUGCGCCAGGCUACCUCCCGAAAGAAAUGGAUGUUCUGCGGGCUCGUACCAAGACGACCGGUAUCUACGAAACCCGUUUCCAAAUGGGUGCCCUCAGUAUCCACAUGUUCGAUGUCGGUGGACAGCGCAGCGAGAGGAAGAAGUGGAUUCACUGCUUCGAGAAUGUGACGUCAAUUAUCUUUUGCGUUGCUCUCUCUGAAUAUGACCAGGUGCUCUUGGAAGAGAGCAGUCAGAACCGCAUGAUGGAGAGUCUCCUGCUCUUCGACUCGGUUGUCAACUCGCGAUGGUUCAUGCGAACGAGUAUCAUUCUGUUUCUCAACAAGGUCGAUAUCUUUAAGCAAAAGCUCACUCGAUCGCCUCUGGCCAAUUACUUUCCCGACUACUCCGGCGGCAACGACGUCAACAAGGCCGCCAAAUAUUUACUGUGGAGAUUCAAUCAGGUCAAUCGAGCACACCUCAACCUCUAUCCUCACUUGACGCAAGCCACGGAUACAUCCAACAUUAGACUUGUCUUUGCUGCAGUCAAGGAGACGAUUCUGAGCAACGCGCUCAAAGAUACCGGCAUCAUCUGA